GAGGAUCGAAUCCGGCAGGCCAAUCAUGAAAUCAUUCGUGAAAAUUCGAAGAGAACCGGAAGUGGACGAAUCUUGAAGCAGCUACGUCAGAAAAUUUACCCUAUUGUGAGGAACCCACGGAAAUAUGGUUUCAAAAAUAUCUGUCUGCUGCUGCUCGUUCUGUCAUACACGUUAAUUGGCGCAGCUAUAUUCUACAUGAUCGAAUCCAAUUAUGAACAUAAGACGGUUGCUGAGCAUAAAGCUGCGUUGGAUGGAACAAUAGAGGCGAUUGCAAAAGAGAUGACUCAGACAAUCAACGAUCCUCGGCGAACCGUUGACGAGGAAUUCAUGAUUGCAUACCUACAGUCGUCAAUCAUGCAUCUUGCAAUCAGCUCUCGGUCACUGCGACGCAACCUCUACGCGAAUUCGUCAAUCCGAUGGAGGAAAUUUCGAUCCCGAAAGGACGUCGAGGACGGCGAGGUCUUCACUUUGCCAGUUAUUUUAUGCAUGCUCUUCAUGCUUCUCUACCUGAUGGGCACGACCACAUUCAUUUUUGCCUAUGACAGACUUUCUGGCACACCGAGUUCAGUUGGUAUCGACUAUUUCUAUUCCUUCUAUUUUUCGUUCAUGACUCUGCUCAACGAUUGUCUCGGAGAU